AAUCGUACGGCAGCGCGUGAGACUGUAGACACCGGGGGAACCGGUGCUGGUCUCAGUAGCUCGGUACUCCAGCCUCUCGUCAUGGCCUCGGAAAAGCCUCAGGACCUAAUGGUCACCUGCACCGCGCCGGUCAACAUCGCGGUUAUCAAGUACUGGGGAAAGCGGGAUGAAGCGCUGAUCCUGCCCAUCAACUCCUCCCUGAGCGUCACGCUGCACCAGGACCAGCUAAAAACCACCACAACUGCGGCCAUUAGCAAGGACUUCACAGAGGACCGCAUCUGGCUGAACGGUCGCGAGGAGGACGUGGGGCAGCCACGGCUCCAGGCCUGCCUGAGAGAGAUUCGCCGCCUGGCUCGGAAGCGAAGGAGCACGGGAGACGGGGAUGCCCUGCCCCUCACCCUCGGCUAUAAGGUGCACGUGGCGUCAGUGAACAACUUCCCCACCGCUGCAGGCCUGGCUUCCUCAGCAGCCGGCUACGCCUGCCUAGCCUAUACCUUGGCCCGGGUCUACGGGGUUGAGGGAGACCUCUCAGAAGUGGCCCGGCGGGGCUCGGGCAGCGCAUGCCGCAGUCUCUACGGGGGCUUCGUGGAGUGGCAGAUGGGGGAACAGGCCGAUGGGAAGGACAGCAUCGCCCAGCAGGUAGCCCCAGAGUGGCACUGGCCCCAGCUCCGAGUUCUUAUUCUUGUGGUGAGUGCUGAGAAGAAGUCGACGGGCAGCACAGUGGGCAUGCAGACCAGCGUGGAGACCAGUACCCUGCUCAAGUUCCGGGCUGAGUCCAUUGUGCCUGAGCGCAUGAAGGAGAUGACCCGUUGCAUCCAAGAGCAGGACUUCCAGGCCUUCGCCCAACUGACCAUGAAGGACAGCAACCAGUUUCACGCCACCUGCCUCGACACCUUCCCGCCCAUCUCCUACCUCAAUGACACCUCCAGGCGCAUCAUCCAGCUAGUCCACCGCUUCAACGCCCACCAUGGGCAGACGAAGGUGGCGUACACAUUUGACGCGGGCCCCAAUGCUGUGAUCUUCACUCUGGAGGACACCGUGGCCGAGUUUGUGGCGGCAGUAAGGCACAGCUUCCCCCCUGCUGCGAAUGGAGACAAGUUUCUCAAGGGGCUGCAGGUGGCGCCCGUUCUUCUCUCGGAUGAGCUGAAAGCUUCGCUGGCUACGGAGCCCAGCCCCGGUGGGGUUCAGUACAUCAUUGCCACUCAGGUGGGACCAGGACCUCAAGUCCUAGACGACCCUCACCAUCAUCUGCUAGGCCCGGAUGGCCUGCCACAGCGGGACCUUUGAUCUCUUCCAUGUGCAUCUGGAGAAAGGGGCUGCUCCCUGGAGCUCGGGAGCUCCUGUGCUGAUGGGCCACGCCCAAAGGGUUGCUUGAUGAUGCUCCUAGGGGUGUCUCGUGUGAUGAGCAGCUGUCUGGGCAGCCGGGGACCCCUCUCAAGUGCCUCACGUUCCUGCUGGUUUCUGAAGGGCUAGCUGAGGAGCCGGCGUCUCUCCCACCGAAGAUGCCCCGGAGGGCCUCUAAGCGUGAAGGAUGAGGGCUCAGACAGCAGUGCCUCUGUUGAGACUCAGGCCACAGUUUCUUUGAGAAGCCUCCUGGUGAGGGUAGGGGCUGUGGAACCCACAGGUAGGGUCCAUUGUGGGUGUGGAUGUACCACGAAGGUGCAGUCGAUGGACCCGAUGACCACAGGAAUAAAGUGUGCCACUGCUGCCUGCCA